UUUUGUGACCGCCACUUCCUCAUAGCAAAUUCAAACUGUCAGAAUCAGAUUUUUGUGCUGUGAAGAGGAUACUCUAGAGCACAUAGGUUGAACAACAAGACUUCUAGGAUGGGAGAUACAAUCACAUUUGAUGGGGAUCUCUACAGUCUCUUUGAUACUUAUAAUUACACUGACUACACAAUCAACCCUAGCAGUGUAUCAGAACCCUGCAGAACUGAUAGUACAUCACCUGUGAUCAGGUACUUUGUGGCUUUCCUCUAUUGCCUUGUAUGCUUAGUCAGCCUGGUCGGAAACUCCUUGGUGGUUCUGGUGGUCACCUACAACAAAGGAAACCGGUCUGUAACUGAUGUAUACCUUCUGCACUUAGCUAUUGCUGAUCUCCUGUUUGCUCUCACCUUGCCCAUAUGGGCUGUCUUCCGUGCUCAUGAAUGGAUCUUUGGCACUGCCAUGUGUAAAAUCACCUCUGUCCUAAAAGAAGUCAAUUUCUACAGUGGCAUCCUCCUGCUGGCCUUCAUCAGCAUUGACCGCUACUUGGCAAUAGUUUAUGCUACUCGUCAAGCUACUGAGAAGCGGCACUGGGUCAAAUUCGUCUGUGUUGGCAUCUGGGUGUUCUCUCUUCUCCUUUCCCUCCCUAUGUUUGCCUACCGUGAUGUUUUCUCUGCACCUAAUUCUUCUCAAAUGGUUUGUUAUGAGAAUAUUGGAGGAAAUGAAACAACUAAAUGGAGAGUGGUCCUGAGAAUCCUGCCACAAACCUUUGGUUUCCUUGUGCCUUUGGUCAUCAUGCUCUUUUGCUACGGAGUGACAGUGCACAGACUCUUCCAGACCAAGAACAGCCAGAAAAAGAAAGCCAUGAAAGUCAUCCUAGCUGUUGUGCUGGUCUUCCUCUUCUGUUGGCUGCCCUACAAUAUCUCCCUACUUGCUGACACCCUGCUGAGGACAGGAGUGAUUGGUGAGACCUGUGGGCGUCGUAGUGACAUUGAUGCUGCCCUUUCAGGCACAGAGAUCCUGGGAUUUUCUCACAGCUGUAUGAACCCCAUCAUAUAUGCCUUUAUAGGUCAGAAGUUCCGAAACAACUUCCUCAAGAUCCUGGCCGCACGAGGCCUCAUCAGUAAAGAAAUCCUGAUUCGGUAUCGGAAGGGCUCUUCCUUCUCAUCUACCUCCGGCAACACCUCAACAACCUUAUAAUGUCCAUGCUGUGAAGACAAGAGGAAAGACAGGACAGCUGAGGACACUCUGCCGCUACUGUUCCAAG